GACACCAUGGCGGUGUGGAUCCAGGCUCAACAACUGCAAGGAGAUGCCUUGCGUCAGAUGCAAGCUUUGUAUGGACAGCACUUCCCUAUAGAGGUGCGACAUUACCUAUCACAGUGGAUAGAGGCCCAGCCCUGGGACUCUGUGGAUCCGGAGAACCCUCAGGAUAGCAUGAAGGCCACGCAGCUCUUAGAAGGACUUGUACAGGAAUUGCAGAAGAAAGCGGAACAUCAAGUGGGCGAAGACGGCUUCCUGCUGAAGAUAAAACUUGGACAUUAUGCAACGCAGUUCAAGAAUACUUACGAAAGAUGUCCAAUGGAACUGGUUCGAUGCAUCAGACACAUCCUAUAUCAUGAGCAGAGGCUUGUCCGGGAAGCAACUAAUUCCACUUCUCCAGUGGGUGGUCUUGUGGAUACCAUGUCACAGAAGCACCUACAGAUCAACCAAACGUUUGAGGAGCUGCGGCUUAUUACACAGGAUACAGAAAACGGUCUUAAGAAGUUGCAGCAGACGCAAGAAUAUUUCAUUAUUCAGUACCAGGAGAGUCUAAGGAUUCAAGCCCAGUUCUCCCAAUUGAACCAACUCGGCCCCCAAGAGCGCAUCUCCAGAGAAGCCACACUGCAGCAGAGGCAGGCAUCCUUGGAGAACUGGCUACAGAGGGAAGCCCAGACCCUACAACAGUACAGAUUGGAUUUAUCGGAGAAGCAUCAAAAAACUCUCCAACUCUUGCGUAAACAACAGACAAUCAUUUUGGAUGACGAACUGAUUCAGUGGAAGAGGCGUCAGCAACUGGCAGGGAAUGGUGGACCACCGGAAGGCAGCCUUGACCUUCUUCAAACCUGGUGUGAAAAAUUGGCAGAAAUUAUCUGGCAGAACCGACAGCAAAUCCGGCGGGCUGAGCAUCUGUGUCAGCAGCUUCCCAUCCCAGGACCGGUGGAGGAGCUCCUCGCCGAGCUAAAUGCCACCAUCACCGACAUAAUCUCCGCAUUGGUCACCAGCACAUUCAUCAUCGAAAAGCAGCCGCCGCAGGUCCUGAAGACGCAGACUAAAUUUGCUGCAACUGUUCGGCUUCUAGUGGGUGGCAAGCUUAAUGUCCACAUGAACCCACCGCAGGUGAAGGCGACCAUCAUUAGCGAGCUGCAAGCCAAAGCUCUGUUGAAGAAUGAAAACACACGCAAUGAAAGCAGCGGUGAAAUCCUCAACAACUGCUGUGUGAUGGAAUACCACCAGGCCACCGGCACCCUCAGCGCGCACUUCAGGAAUAUGUCCUUGAAGAGGAUCAAGCGCUCAGACAGACGGGGAGCGGAGUCUGUAACCGAGGAGAAAUUCACAAUUCUGUUUGAGUCCCAGUUUAGCGUGGGGGGAAACGAGCUCGUAUUCCAGGUCAAGACGCUCUCUCUCCCUGUUGUGGUUAUUGUCCACGGAAGCCAAGAUAACAACGCCACUGCCACGGUACUCUGGGACAACGCGUUUGCUGAGCCAGGCCGUGUACCGUUCGUAGUGCCAGACAAAGUGUUGUGGCCCCAGCUAUGCGAGGCUCUGAAUAUGAAGUUUAAAUCAGAAGUUCAGAGUAACCGCGGGCUGAGUGAUGAGAAUCUGGUAUUCUUGGCUCAAAAACUCUUCAAUAACAACAGCAAUAGUAAGGAAGACUAUAACAAUCUGACUGUGUCCUGGGCCCAGUUUAACCGGGAGAAUCUCCCUGGAUGGAAUUACACCUUCUGGCAGUGGUUUGACGGCGUGAUGGAAGUGCUGAAAAAGCAUCUGAAGCCUCACUGGAAUGACGGGGCCAUUUUGGGGUUUGUCAACAAGCAGCAGGCUCAUGACAUGCUGGUGAACAAGAGAGACGGGACUUUCCUCCUUCGCUUUAGUGACUCAGAAAUUGGGGGCAUCACCAUAGCUUGGAAGUUCGAGUUGCCGGACCGAGCCUUGUGGAAUCUGAUGCCUUUUACCACGCGGGAUUUCUCCGUACGUUCGUUGGCAGAUCGUCUUGGAGACCUUAAUUACCUCAUCUAUGUGUUUCCUGACCGGCCGAAGGAUGAAGUUUUCUCCAAGUAUUACACCCCGGUACUUUGCAACACAUCCAAAGCGGAUGGAUACGUGAAACCACAGAUCAAGCAAGUGGUGCCAGAGUUUGUUGCCACUGAUGUUAUCCCAGCAAGCAGCUACAUGGACCAGGCAGCAUCCCCUGCCGUGUGUACUCAGUCGCACUAUAAUUUGUACCAGCAAAACCCGGACUCUGUGCUGGAUCCUGAUGGGGAAUUUGAUCUGGAUGAUAGCAUGGAUGUCGCUCGCCAUGUGGAAGAGCUUCUCCGGAGACCCAUGGAUAACAGCCAGUGGAUACCCCAUGCCCAGUCCUGAUGCAGCCCUCUUACCACUCCCCACUGCCUCUAAUUAUAAAAAAAAAUGUGAAUUGUUUUCACACAAGUUCAUUUUGGUAUUUUGUGCAUGGUGAAUACAAGUGUUUUUUGUUUUUUUUUAUCUUUAUUUUGUAAUUUUUCGGUACUUUUUUGAAACCUACCUUUUCCCCUUUUCUGUUUUAACUAUUUCACUCACCACGCUCCUUUCCAUUAAUUUCAUUUUUUUAAUUUCAUAUUUUGUUUCCAAAAUGUAUAACUUCAGUGCGCGAAAGGCAAGCCAGGUGUUGCAGUGCAAUGUCUACCUUGCCUUUUGUGGCAGUGAAGGACUAGGGUUUGGCGAACCAAAUUAAGCUACACAUCAAUCAUGUUUACUCGGUAUAAAAACGUGACUGCGCCCUAGUUCUGAAUGGGUACUAAAAAGAAAAAGAGAUAAUAUAAUGAAAUAGUGCGUAGA